AUUAUUAUAAUAAUAUUAGUAAUAUAAUAUAUAGUAUAAUAUUUAGUAAUAUAGUUUAUAGUAAUACUAUUAUUGUUGUACUCUUGUCUCUCAUUAAUGCAUGUCGAAUCCGGGGGCAAGCGAUAGUGAUAAUUCAGAUUUAAUAGAUUUAUCUAGUCCGGCUAGUGAUACCUCUAGUGGGGAAUUAUACAUACCACACAAAGUUUUAAAUAGGGAAAGGGACUGUUUAGAUCCAACAGGGGAGAUUGUAGGUACAUCUAGGUAUCCAUUACGAAGUCAAAUUAGUUCAGAACAUCUAGCAGGUACAGAGCAUCUUUGCAAAUCAGAGCAUCCAACUAAACCAGAGCAUCCAAAUAAUUCUGAGCAUCCAUCAACCCAUUCACAGAAUCCGAAUCAACGACAGACUAAAAAAAACAUACAACAAUCGAACACUAUUUUACACGAAGUUCAAGCGACACUAGGUAACGUAGAUAUUGCAAUCGAGCAGUCAACACAAGUACUCCAAUCAAAUAGAAAACCGACGUCAAAUCAAGUAGUAAAAAUGUCUAAACACAUGUCUAUAGAACAAGCACUAAAAUUAAUCCCAAUGUUCGACGGGGAAAGUUCAGAUUCUAAUCAUGCGUUCCAAAAUUCCUGCGAUUUUGCACUGCAAAAUAUUGACCCGAGUGAAAAAGAGAAUUUUGUUAAAGGAAUUACAACAAGACUUACUGGUAAGGCAUAUCGUGCAAUACGAUAUAAAGACAUUAAGAAAUAUGAAGACUUGAAAACAAUAUUAAACUCAAUGAUUGAAAAAAAAUUCACUUUAUCACACUUACACACGAAAUUAUCGAUGUUCAGAUUAGCAUACGGAGAAACGAUACAACAAUACGCAGAUAGAGCAGAACAAUUAUUUUACGAAAUUCUCGAAACAUCAAUAUCUACGGGUAGACUAGAUAACCCAGAUGAUAUAUCAAAAAUAACAGCGAUGCAGAUCCUGACUGCAUUCACAGAGGGCCUGCCUCACGACACUAGGAUAAUAGUCAAGGCUAGAAAGCCGAACGAUUUAAACGAAGCUGUUCAGAUCGCAAUCGAGGAGGAAACGUCACGCUUAUCACAAAAGGAAAUGCGUAAAAAUAACAUUCACCAGAAAGUGGAUAAUAAAUACAAAUCGAAUCAAAAUCCGACGGCAUCUCACAGCAAGUCAAGUGGCGCGUGUUUCCUAUGUGGACGAACAAACCACCAAGCUCGACAAUGUCGUGCGUCAGAAGCAGAGAAAAUUCGGUAUAAAGAGUCACAUCAGAAAGGAAAAACUGAACUACGCGAUGUGAAAACAAUUACAUGUCGGUACUGUAAAAAACCAAAUCAUACAUUGGAAGAAUGUCGAAAACGCAAAUAUGUUAAUGCGAAGAAAGAACAGGAAAAGCAAGCAUCGGCAUCGGGAAACGAAUCAACACCGGGCCCCAGUGGCGGACGCCCGGUGGGACAAAUCAAGACAGCCACUCUCAACCUGCAGGGGUUCUCCUUUUCGAAGCAAAAUUAGUGGAGAAUCAUGUCUCUUUACAAAUACCACAAUGCGUUCAGGGUAGUGCACACUUUCUACUGGACACCGGAAGUGAUCUAAACAUGAUAAAAUUGUCUAGCCUACUUGACGAGGUAUUUGUCGACGAAACCCAGAUUUACCAACUGAAGGGAAUAAAUGAGUAUCUAGUCCACACUCUUGGGUCCGUAACUUUGGACGUGCAAUUUGGAACAAAGGUGCAGCCAACGAGCUUCCAAGUCAUUCGGGACGAUUUUCCAGUGCCUCAUGAGGGUAUUUUGGGCAAACCUUUUCUGGUUGACAACGGACUUAUUAUUGACUAUCAAGCUUCGAGAGUCACGCAAACCAAUGAAGAGCCAAUCCAGGUGGCACCACGUACGGAAACCAUAAUAGCAAUUAGUACAACAGCAGCGGAAGGCAGCACUUUUGUCAUUCAUUCCCAACCUAUCGGAGGAGAGAACAUACAGGUUGCUGAACUUAAGUGUUUGAUUAUCAAGUUGAUCCUUAGAUUGUUGACAACCUUAAUCCAUGCUAUGGAUGAAGCCCAUAGAUAAUAAAGAUAUGGAUAGUCCACGCCUAUUUUAAAUACAUUGCAGGCCACGUUCCCGGAGGGGAAGGAAAUUGAGGCUCCUCUAUAUUGAUAGUCGAUACUCGAGUUGGCCUCAAUUGUUCCCCUCGAAGAUCAGACCGCUGAUAAGACUAUUAUGUCCUAUCUAUUAUGUUAUAUCUUUAUUAUCUAUGAUGGAGCCAUACCCAGCUCACUCGUGUAAACAAUUUGAAGCACAUAAAAGCGAUCAACGAGUCUCUAUCUACUUUAUUGGUGGACGGCACUUUAACUACGGACUGUAACGAGACAAAACCGGACGCCCCACUCACGUGGCGCACUCUCGUCACUAACCAUUUAUUCUCGCGUACCGAGUACCGUGACGCGCUUUUGCGCAUCAAUAACACAUUACGCCCGCUGAAUGCAGCAACAUCCGUUCACGACGCAACCUAGAGCGCGUGAAGAAGCAAACUUGCUUUGCGACGGCACGCCGCCCGAGUUAAUAAGCUCAUGUUCGUACCGAACCCCUCAACUUAAAACCCUUUUGAAGACAUCAUUGAAAUCAGCAUGUUCCGAACUAUCGAUAAUAGAUUUCAAUGGGUUUUAAGUUAAAAAGAAAACAUGGAAAUCUUCAAAAACCUAUUACAUGUUUUAUGCAUCCCGUGAAAGUCAUGAAAGUACCAGCCAGAAACACGGCCAAAACAACAGUUUCCCCGCUGAGCGCGGUAUAUUAGUGAGCCGGACGAUAGUAGAACAUCGUUAUACACGGACGCCAAUUACCAAACAGAUAACAGCAUUGCCCCCAGACUGAGUAAGCCGGACAAUAUCGGACAAAACACGGAUGCUCAAUAGUCUGUCCCGGCUUUCCCUUUCCGCUCCGAACGACCGUGCGCUGUGAAAAAGUGUGCUGUUGUCGCUCGUUGCUCUACGUACACUCUGUGAGACGACCAAUACCAGGCACCUCAGUAGUCAAUCCGUCAGCCGAGUCGGGAACGCCGAGCCAUCGCCGCGGCCGGCCGAUCGUUAUACUCCACUGAGUACGUCGAGAACGCCGAGCCAUCGACGCCGCCGUCCGAUCGUUAUACUCUAUACUCCACUGAGUGAGUCGAGAACGCCGAGCCAUCGCCGCCGCCGUCCGAUCGUUAUACUCUAUACUCCACUGAGUGAGUCGAGAACGCCGAGCCAUCGCCGCCGCCGUCCGAUCGUUAUACUCAAUUGAGCGAGUCGAGAACGCCGAGCCAACCUAACCGCCGUCCUCAUCUACACCCCAUUCACCGUCCACGCCGGUAAGUCACUAUAAAGUGUUACCGUGCCACUGUACGAGCCGUUGUUAUUGAAAGUACGCCGCCAUCGAGAGCAGAGCAUACUUCACCAGCUACCGAAAACUGUGAGUUAUAUGUUCGCAUUCCCACCCCUUUAUGUAACCCCAUUAAAUAUUUUUAUUGUACACUCUGAUGAGUAUAUUUAAAAUAAUUUAUAAAAUAUUGUUGUACAAAACAUUUGAAUUAUACAAAACUAAGAUGAGGAGCAUAUUGGUUCAAAACAUGAUAUUUCAAUAAAUAAAAACAAUUUAUUACCAACCAAUUGCGUUUCAUUACAGGUCCCUCAACUUACUUAGGCAACCUUGAGGCAUUUCCUUUUAGGUAAUUAAUUAAAUCCUCAAACAUAACUCUUAAUUCAAGAGUUUGUAACUAAUACAAUCAUAAUAUAAUAUGAGUAUAGUACAUUUCGUAAUAUUUUUUUAUAAUAUUUACUGUUAGUGAAAUAUUAAGUUUGUAUUUCUAAUAUAAUAUAUAUUAUGAUAUUUAUUCGUCCAUAAAUACCACUUGCACCAUGGCCCCUCGAUAUAGUAAUGUGGCGACCCGGCACAUCGCUUUUAGAUAAAUGAUUAAAUACUUAAUCAAGUCUUCCAAUUUACUAAACAUUUAUAUUUUGUAGACGAUUUGAAGAAAAAUUUAAAAUUGAAGAGAGACUGUGUGAAUUAACAACAUUUUUGGUAUGAAAUGUUUAUUUGAACACCUGUUAUAAUGUGUUAUAUUGAACUUAAGUUAAUUUUUUAUAAUGUACUAUAGUAAACAUUUGAACAUUUAUUACAAUAUACGUAUGUUAUAUAUAGAUUUCGAGUAUGAUUUUUUUUAGUUUUUUUUUUGAAAGUUACCCACCUACUACAAUACAAGACACUUUAUUUUUAUAUUUUGAAGCAAUAUAUGAUUUGGAUUAUUUACAUCUAUAUAAACUAAAUUUCAGACCCAUAGUUUAGUAUUUAAAGUUUGUAUGAUCAAAGCCGUGGAACCAAAUUUUAUCAGACUCUACUAGAAUGUUGUAGUUAAAUUAAACUAUAAUAAGUAUGUGGAAUAACAGUACCUAACCUUCUAUGAUAAUUUGUUAUGAAUAUAAUAUUUUAAGUAAUAGCUCAAAUUUAGCACUUUUACGGUACUUAAUACAUUUUCCUAAUAUUUUAACAGAAAUUAUGGAGCUAAAAAUAUAGAAAUACCUAUAUUAUGUCACGGUCC